AUCGGAAAUACGGCGAGCUUCUGACUCUCUUUGCUGAAUGCGGGGAGAAUUGGGCUGAAUGCAAGAUCAGUUCUACAACCUCUACCGAUGAUGCGACAUCUGUUCAGGGCGGACAGAUCUACAAACGAUACAAGGAUCUGGUUGCCGAACACGGAAAGGAGAACGCAGACCGACUUAGGGCGGAGAAGAAAGCCAAGCAAGCUGCCCUCGGCAAUGCCUACGAAAAUGUGCCGUGGUGGUACACCCACCCAGAUUUCGCAGACCUGGAGGACUACGAAUUGUAUUUGGUAUGGGACGAAGCCAAAGUGUGUACGCCAUCCCAGCUGGCCGAUGGCUAUAUUUCGCAAAUCCAGCACUACCGGACACCUGUGGAUGCUGCCAUCGAAGCUCUCGACUGGAAGAUGAUCUCGGGCUUUAAGGAUGAGGCUACAUUGGAUCCGCUUGCAAAGAAGCUGGAUAAGGCUAUCGAGGACUACAACAAUGCCUUGAAACCGGUGAAAGCCUUGUUCGAGAUCAGUUAUGCUUCGGCGCAACGGGUGGCUCAUGCUGCAGUGGAGGCAGAACGGGGAAUGCUCCCCAUCGGCAUUCAUGGCGACGACUUCCGCUACACGGAGCACGGCCAAAAGCUGGUACUGGUGUCACUGAAUGUAUUGGUCGAUAACAAGAUGCAGGACAAGACGAAUGUUCGUUUGUCCAUCGCCCACUCGGAGUUCAUGGAAUGGUACUGGCUCAACGAGUUUUUCAAUCGGAUGGAAAAGCACGGGCGGUUUCUCGACACAGCUGCCAAAGUGGAGCUCGAAGAUGCAUGUGCAUUUCAGGAAGCGGUUUUCAUGGCCGCGAUGGACGGCACCAUGGUGGUAUAA